CCCCCAAGAUGGCCGCCGAUGUAGGAUCGAUGUUUCAAUAUUGGAAGAAAUUUGAUCUACGGCGGCUGCAGAGGGAGCUAAACUCUGUAGCGUCUGAACUGGCGGGUCGACAAGAGGAGAGUGAACAUUCCCACAAGCACCUGGUAGAGCUGAGCUGAGAGUUCAAGAGAAAUGUCCCUGAGGAAGUCCGGGAGAUGGUGGCACCUGUUCUCAAGAGUUUCCAAGCCCAGGUGGUUGCUCUGAACAAGCGCAGUAAGGAGGCAGAGUCUGCGUUCCUGGGAAUCUACAAACAGCUUAUCGAGGCCCCAGAUCCAGCUCCUGUGCUGGAGGCCUCACAUUCCCUGGAGGAAAGGCUGCAGCAGCUUCAGAGUUCAACCCCAGACAGCGAGGCCCUGGUACGGGAGAUCAGUGGGCACUGGAAGAAACACCUGGAGUGCCUUGAAAAGACAGAGCCUGCAGAGGACGAUCAGGGAAUCUCAGACACAGCAGUGAAUAAAGAGGCCCCAGGAUCCAGCUCUCCAGCCUCCCUGAUGACCCCAAAUAGCACUCCGGCUCCUGGAGCCCCGGAUUCCCCACAGCAGAACCACCGGGAUCGAGCUGAUGAUGGAGGGGAGGAGGAGGAGAGCGCUGACGUUAGUUUGGCUGACAGACUAUCAGAGGCCGAGGAGAAGAUCAAAGUUCUGCAUGCAUCUUUGAACACUGCACAGACAGAGCUGCUGGAGCUACGGUGUAAAUACAACCAGGAGAUGAUGAACAAGGCGGAGGAGGUCGACGGCAUCAUGGCGAAUCUUGAGAAAGCAAACCAGAGAGCAGAAAUGGCUCAGAGGGAGGUGGAAAGGCUAAAGGAGCAGCUAUCCAGUGGCCAGAGCGUUACUGCCGGAAGCUGCCAUCCAGCAGAGGGCACUAGCAGGGAGAAGAACGAGAAGGGCGAGGUGUUGCCCUCCCAGCUAGAGGCUGCCUUGCUGGCUAAAGACCGCGAAAUCCUCCGCCUUCUCGAAAACAUUCAGAGGCUGCAGUUCACACUACAGGAAGUUCAAGAAACCUCAGCCAAUCAGAUCCUAGAGCUGGAACGCCAGCUAGCCUACAAGACAGAAGCUAUUGAGAGAUUAGAAGCUAAACUGCAAUCCCAGAUGGACUAUGAAGAGAUUAAAACUGAACUCAGUAUCUUAAAGGUAAUGAAACUGGCUUCAGCAAAUGGCAGCUCAUCCCAGGAUUCUGCCAAGGCUGCAGAGGCUCUUUUGCUGGAUAAAGAGGCCUUUCUUCCAUCUCACAAGUACCUGGUGGAUAAGACCCGAAUACUGCACAGCAAUGAUGAUGACCGUUCUGAGGAUGCAGGCAGGGAGAUAGGCAGGCCACCUGGAUCCCACUCAUCCUCCUCUCAGGUGGACAGUCGUGCCUCCCCCAGCCCUGGUCCCCCCACCCUGGACCGCUCCUCCUCCAGCCACGAUCUCCCCCGUCCUUUCUCAGUGUCGCCGUGCUCUGGGGACCGACUGUCAGGAGACCACAUCCUUCACAAACAGCUCUUAUCUCCACACUUUAAAAAGGACGGCCUCAUGGCUUUCCCUACUGCCCUCUAUGCAGCCAAAGUCGCGCUUAUGUCAGCCUCUCAAGGGCCUGUGGGGUCGGGCAGCGUUGAUGCCGGCUUGCCCAGCGACCAGUCAGAAAGUGGCAGCUCGACCGCAGGAGAUGAGGACCAGCUGGACACGGCGGAGAUCGCCUUCCAGGUGAAGGAGCAGCUGCUAAAGCAUAACAUCGGCCAGCGAGUGUUUGGCCACUAUGUGCUGGGUCUCUCUCAGGGUUCGGUCAGCGAGAUCCUGGCAAGACCCAAACCCUGGAGGAAGCUGACUGUGAAAGGCAAAGAACCUUUUAUUAAGAUGAAGCAGUUUCUCUCUGAUGAACAGAACAUUCUGGCACUUCGGACCAUCCAGGUCCGACAGAGAGGGAGCAUCACUCCGCGCAUCCGAACUCCUGAAACUGGGUCAGACGACGCCAUUAGGAAUAUCCUGGAGCAGGCUAAGAAGGAGAUCCAGUCCCAGAGGGGUGAUGGCAAGUCAUCUCUAAACAGCUCAUCAGGCAGAAGCAGUAACGGGGCUGGCAGCAGCUCUGACGAAACCAUAAAGAACAUUCUCGAACAGGCCAGGAGGGAGAUGGAAGCCCAGCAGCAGGCCCUGAUGGAGAUGGAAGUAUGUGGGAGGGCUUCGACUGUUAGUUCAGGAGUUCAGGUGGAACGUCUGGGGCCCCCUGAGCGCUCCAGGGGCCUGCCUUUACCUAUCUCCAUCAAGCAGGAGGAAGGGGGCUCCAUCACCGUGUGCACGGCCAAUCCCAUCAGCAGCCCCCAGACGCCCCUCAGCGUCCUCUCCCCUGCUGCUUUUGUCCAGAACAUCAUCCGCAAAGUCAAAUCAGAAAUCGGCGAAGCGGGCACCUACUUCGAUCAGCAUUGGUCUCAGGAGCGGGGAUCUGUGGUGCUCGGCGGCGGUGGAGGCAGCUCUCGGCCCUUCAGCUCGGUCUCCCCUUCCUUGUCUUCCUCCUCCUCUGGGCCCUCCACCUUGCCUCGGUCCUGGCUGCGUCUGGAGAACGGUGAGGGUCUCCCCAACAGUGAGGAGGCCUCUGCUGCCGAAGAUGAGCUGAGCCUGGGUCGGCCAGUGGAGGUGAAGGUGGAGUCAGAUACCUCGGUAAGCGGCGAGUCCCCAGGACCCGGCCCGGGACGCCUUUCCUACUACCCAGCAUAUAUCCCCCGUGCACUGAAGCCCACUGUGCCCCCUCUGACACCAGAGCAGUAUGAGAUGUACAUGUACCGGGAGGUGGACACCAUCGAGCUGACCCGGCAGGUGAAGGAGAAGCUGGCGAAGAACGGCAUCUGUCAGAGGAUCUUUGGUGAAAAGGUGCUGGGGCUUUCUCAGGGCAGCGUGAGCGACAUGCUGUCUCGGCCCAAACCCUGGAGCAAGCUGACCCAAAAAGGCAGGGAGCCUUUCAUACGUAUGCAGCUGUGGUUACUGGAUCAGCUAGGCCAAAGCCUUAACCAGCCCCCAAACCAGGGCCACACUCAGGAUAAAAGCCCAGUGACGGCCCAGUCCUCACCCUCCCCACCUCCCAGCCCAGCGGACAGCCAUCCGAGUCCGCUGGUAGAGCCUGUGAGUCUCUCCCUGGAGAGCAGUAAAGAGAACCAGCAGCCUGAGGGCCUGAGCUUGGGAUUGUCCACCCAUCCAGAGGGAGUUAAAUCUACUCCCAGCCUCAUGACAAUGCAUCAGCCCACAAACCCACUGGGCAUCCAGGAGCUGGUGGCCAUGUCUCCGGAGCUAGAUACCUAUGCCAUCACCAAGAAGGUCAAAGAGGUGCUAACGGAUAAUAACUUAGGCCAGCGUCUUUUUGGGGAGACCAUCCUGGGUCUGACCCAGGGCUCGGUGUCUGACCUGCUCUCCAGGCCCAAACCGUGGCACAAGCUCAGUCUGAAAGGCAGAGAGCCAUUUGUCCGUAUGCAGCUAUGGCUCAAUGAUCCUCACAAUGUAGACAAGCUGAGGGCCAUGAAGAAAAUGGAGAAGAAAGCCUAUUUGAAGAGGCGGUACGGCCUGCUGAGCACCGGCUCGGACAGUGACUCACCCAGCACUCGUUCUGAGUGUGUGAGUCCGGCUUUGGCCUCACUGGACUUGUGCCCCUACAGUCAGGUGAAGAAGCCUCGGGUGGUGCUGGGAGCUGAAGAGAAAGAUGCCCUGAGGAAGGCAUACCUUCUGGAGCCCUACCCGUCUCAGAACACCAUCGAGAUGCUGGCGUCGCAGCUCAACCUCAAAACCAACACUGUCAUCAACUGGUUCCACAACUACAGGUCCAGGAUGCGACGGGAGGUGCUGAUGGAGGGUCUGCCAGACAAUGAUACAGAUGCUGAGCACCACAGCUACUCCCCCUCAGUGACACGGAGCCCUCACUCUGAUGGAGAAGAGAGGAGGCUGCAGCAGCCCUCAGGACACAUCCACUCCAGCCUUCCUCUUAGUGCCAACACCUCACUGCCUCAUGUCAAACAGGAGGCGUUAGACAGGGAAGACGAAGGGGAGGAGGGAAGGGAAGGCUCUGUUAAAAAGUCGCGGGUUCAGUGUUUUCCCACAGCAGUGCCAUUCCCGCAGUUGAAAAGUGAGCAUGAGGACUCCAUCUCUGGUUGUCGUGAGCCCCAUUUGGCAGGCCAGAGCUUGAGGCAGGAAGAAGGUCAGGGACUCUACCCUGGAGGGCUCUCUGUAGACAGCUCCCAGAGAACCAAUCAGACCAGGCACGAGGGGGAGGAAUCUGGAAAGUCACCCAUUGACCCGGUCAGCUUCAAGGCUUCGUCAGAGCCCUGCCGCAGCAGCCUGGAGGUGUCUCUCAACUCACCCUCUGCUGCAUCCUCACCGGGCCUUAUGAUGUCAGUCUCCCCUGUUCCUUCCUCCUCUGCUCCCAUAUCGCCCUCGCUGCCCAACCCUCCAUCAACGAGCACUAGUCACAGCCUCGACCCUAACCCGCCCCCUCCCUUCCAAAGUCCCAAACUCAACAGAAGCACUCAGAGACGCACGGAGAAAAUGGCCAACCUCAAUAACAUCAUUCACAGGUUAGAGAGAGCAGCCAAUCGAGAAGAGACUCUGGAAUGGGAGUUUUAA